CUGGUCAGUGGUCACAUACUCACAUAGUCACAUGUGUCCCGGCUUUUUCUAGUCUCCGUCCUGUUUAUUAUUUAUAAGUAAUAUAAACACAAAAUAUUAAUCAAUCAUUGAAUAUUGAUUAAUUUAAGUCAAGUAUGGAAAGAAAUCAACUUCAACAUCCAAAUACAAACGCUGAUUAUUACAGGAGUUUGGGGCCUUCUGAUAGGCCACCAGCUCCUAUAAAUCGUUUACAAUUUAUUGCGGUUCACAAAGAUGGAACAGCAGUCGUUGGUGGUAGCAAUAUGACUGAUCGCUAUUGGUGUGGAAGAGUUUGGUUUUUUAAUGAUACAUCAACAUUUCACCGCAACCGUGCUCAUGCAACAGCAAAUACAGUUUGUGAUGCUGCAUUUUUAGCAUCAGAUAUAUUCUUGUUAGCUGAAGAUGGUGGUGGUUUACAAACUUUGAGUGUCAACAAAGACAAUGAAUCAUGGAACACAUGUUUUGUCAGUACUGCCUAUGCUUGUCAUCACCACGACAGUAUCACUUCAAUUGCUGUUUUUGAAUGUAAAAAUAAUUUUCUCACUUGCUCAAAAGAUUUAAGCUUAAAAGUAUGGGAACAAGAAACGUUUAUUCCUGUUUUUUCGUAUGAGACAGCUCAUACUAAAAAAAUAACCAGUAUUGAUGUUAUGCCAAAUGUCCAAUCAGUAUUUUUAUCUACCUCAAUGGAUCGUACUCUUACUAUAUGGGAUACAAACAAAUCGACACCAGCCCAAGAUUUAUAUGAACACUCCUGUGGACUAACAGCUUCAUCUUGGAGUCCAAUCAAUGAACAUGAAAUUGCUGUUGGCGGACUUGAUGGAACAGUUAUUUUGAUUGAUACUCGUCAACCGAAAAAAAAAAUCUGCCAGGUGGAUGCGUUUUCUCGUCAAGUUCACAAGCUUAAGUAUCAUCCGAAAAGAGAAAGUAUUGUGGCUGGUUGCUGUGAUGAUAUCCAGUUGAAAGUAAUGAAAUCAUCAGAUUAUUUAUCCAAUAUUUACAUUGAUGAUCGUCAUACUGAUUUCGUUCGAAGCAUUGCAUGGAAUGAUGACGAUUUGUUGAGUUGUUCUUGGGAUGACACGAUACUUAAGCACCACAUAACAAACUUUUAAAAAAUAUUAUUGUUUCCCGUAAAAUCGACUUUUAAAAAAACCUGUCGAUCAAAAGUGUAAAAACAUUAAUGAAAACAUGGAAAAAAUAUCAUUUUUCAUUUGUCUACCAGGUUGAUAAUUUUAAUUUAUAUUUGUCAUUUUUUUAUCAAUAAUUAAAAGCAUACUUUUUAAAAAAAUAUUGUUAGCUUGAUCAACAUUUUGUCAUUUCAAAAAAAAAAAAAAUUCAUCAUGAAUCAGGGCUCAUAAAUCAGUCUUUUUGAACAAACUAAGUAUUGUGAUCGAAUUAUUGCGCAUGUUUUGUAUCAAUUAACAUUUUAAUUUAUUGAGCCACAUUUUUUAAAGACUGGAAUAAACAAAUUAAAUUUGUAUAUUUUCAUUUUUUUUUACAAGUAAAUGUGUAACAAUUUCU